UGUUCGGGCAUCAUUCGCUCCUCAGCUGCUCCGAGGCACGAAGUAAGUUACCGACUCGCUCUCUCACUCUACCCCUCGCAACCAUGUACAAGCUCGUCGCUCUCUUCGCCCUGUUGGCCUGCGCCGCGGCUGCACCAGGCUACCUCGCGGCUCCUGCCGCCCUCCACGCGCCGGUCGUGGCCGCGCCAGUCGCGGUUGCCCACACUGUGCCGGUCGCCACCAGCUACGCCAACACCUACAAGGUCUCCGUGAAGAGCCCGCUGGUCGCCGCCGCCCCGCUCGCCUACGCCACGCCGGUCGUUAAGGCCGCGCCGGUAGUCGCUGCACCGGUCGUCGCUCACGCACCCGCUGUCGUCGCUCACGCCCCGGUCGCCUACGCCGCCCACGCUCCCGUCGUCGCUCUGCACUGAAAGGAACCCGUAGGAAUUCUUCAGCCGUCUCUCACGAUGGCCGACGUGUCGACGACGACGGCGACGGCGUGACGACGGCGUCCUCGUCGCCGGCACGCGGACGCGUGACGAUGGCUCAUCGAAACGACCGGUCUGUCGAACGAUUCAUCCAUCUGCCAGCGAACCGUCGGACACACUAGCCUUGUACCAGCCCAGACUACCCAGACGGUCGAACGACCGAUCGCUACGAUUCAUCAAUAAAACCGCCAUUUCUGCCUUUACGUCAAA